AAGCUAAGGCAUGUAUGAGUGUUCUAUGGGUAUGGGGUCUUGACUGACCUACUUUUAAAUCACACGAAGUCUGGACCACAACAAGUUGAACAACACAGCUCGGGACUGAAGGGACACGAUGGCAGCAAACAGCUAUACCGGGACUUGGACGCUGGAUUCGUCGGACAACUUCGACGAAUUCAUGAAGGCCAUAGGGGUUGGCGAAGAGAUGAGAAAGAUCGGCAACGCCGCCAAGCCGACGUUUGAGAUACUGCAGGACAGCGACAGGUUCACCUGGACCACAGUCACGGAGGUGGGGGAGCACACCAACUCCUUCACUAUCGACAAACAGGUGGAGGAGAUUGUCAUGGACGGCACCAAAAAAAUGACAACUUAUACAUGGAACGGGCCCAAGCUGGAGGCGGUGUACGACUAUCAAGGUCAGCCUGUCGUCAUCUCUAGGGAGGUGCAGGGUGACGUCAUGACAGCUGUUUUGACUGUGGGUGACGUCAUCUGCACACGGCAGUACAAGAGACAAAAUUGAAUAACACCAGUAUGUGAUUAUGUCAGGGUUGUCAUUUUGAAAGCAGCUCCUUGUCUUGAAACAA